AUGUCAUCUUGUUUUCCAUUUGUUAGGCGCAAACAGAGAAACAACUUAGAAAUUUUUCUCGUCAUCUUGGGAUUAGAUAAUGCUGGAAAGACAACAACAACGCGCAGUAUCAAAGGAGUUUCAAGUGAAUUAGUCGCCCCAACAAUUGGCUUCGAUCGUAUCGAAUUCGCUAUAGAUCGAUUUAAUAUUAACCUUUAUGAUUUGGGUGGUGGCAAAACUAUACGUGAUAUAUGGGAGACGUAUUUCGCUGAAGUCUAUGGAGUUAUAUUUGUCGUAGAUUCAAGUGCACCAGAAAGACUUGAAGAAUGUCAUGAAGUGUUGUGCAACCUUCUUGCUCAUCCGUGUAUAUCAGGUAAACCAGUUCUUUUGCUGGCGAAUAAACGGGAUAUUAAAGAUGCGCUGGAUGAAUCAGAGCUGAUAGCAGCCCUGCAGUUGGAUGAUUUAGUCAAUCAAUACCACUGUCCUUGUCGACUGGAGUAUUGCUGUGCUUUAUUAUUACCUGGUAAAAAAUUAGAUAAAGCGAUUCGUGAUGGUUUACGAUGGCUACUCAGCUAUAUUGAAUCAGAAAUAACCACACUACAAUCACGUGUACACGCUGAUAUGGCUAGACAAGCAAGAGAACAAGCAAUUGAACGUGAAGCUCGGAAAGAAAGAGUUCGCCUAGCCAGAGAAGAAAGAGAACGUUUGGAAAAAUUGUCUAACCAUAAGAAUAAAAAAAUUCAGCCUAACAAUACACCUGUAUCAGAUAGACUUCAUAAUGAUAUUGGUGACAUUAUGAAGGAUGAAAGCAUCAAUAUUGGAUUAUCUCAGGUAGUGGGAAGUACUACAGCAGGGGAUUAUGAAGAACAACUGCCCAGUAUAAGUGAAUCAGAAGACAAACCUAUUCGAUUCUCUGAAGUCCCAGAACCUAAACUAUGCAGAAAUAGUCAAUUUUUGCCGAGUACAUCAUUGACAGAUAAACAGAAGAUGAAUAAUCAUCCAUUAGCCUGCUCACUGUUGAAUUCACGUGAAUUAAUGCAUCAGAUCCAACUGGCAUGCAGUAUUGAUGUUGAUUUCACUGAGAGAAAAAUUAAUCUCAAGGAAGAUAAACAAAGUUUAAUAAUCGAUGAAAAUAUUGACCGAGAAUCUACUGACGACGACCACGGGAGAUGA